CAAGAGGAAAAAAAUCACUGCUUUGUCAGGAUCUUCAUCCCAGCACACCUUUGCUGGAACUAACCCCUCUGAUUACCCUCUUCUCUCUAAGGAGUUCUCUAAUCUUUCCCUUUGCUGCUUGUCUUUUCCAACACUUUUUCUCUUCUUAUUGUUUCAUACAGCACUUAUAACACCAAAGGGAAAAUCAUGGUAGGUUCUACUACUGAGCAGAACAGCACCGACCGUUGGUACCUCGGUCUCACAGAAAGAAAAGCAUUCAGCUUUGUAGUGAAUCAUGAACUUCUGACAACCACAUCUAAGAGCAGCUCCCACACCAAUCUGCACAGCACAUCCUAAAAGAAUUUCAGAGCUAUGACAAUAUUGGUUUUUUCACUUGUGAAUGCAUUUGAUUAAAACCUAAACAGUACAGCACUGCAUUUUUCCACUCACUGACAGUCACAUAAAAAACAAUGCCUGAGAGCAGCAAUUCAUUUAAACAAAGGAGCCCCGAAAAUGGCAUUAUUCAUUAACCCAGCCCUGUUAUCUCACUGUACUUCACCUGAUUUAUUAAACACUACCAAGUUUUACAUUUUCAAAGAGCAUUUAUUAAUUAAUCUGGAUUAUAUAAGUAAUCUGCUUCAUGUAACUUGCUUCCUGAUUGAGUACACAGAUGUCUGCACAAUUUUUAAUCAUCUGGAAAACACCCAGCACAUCCACUAUGGCAUUUGCCAUUUUAAGAUCUCAUUCGUUUUUUACGUUUACAUUUCUUUUUAAUUUUGGUAAAUCCAGAGGCUUUCUGCAAAUCUGCAGGAUUGGUUCAUGUUCCUCUCUGUUACCACUCCUCUGUUUUCUGCAUUGAGGUUUGUAAAGGUUACUCAUGUACUGGUAGCAGGCAUUGAAGUACCAUACAUACCUUUCACUUGUUCAAUUACAACAAACACAGGUAACCCAAGAGAUGAACAGUUUGAAAAAUGAAUGGGGCACUGUGGCAGAGAAGUAAGGGCUGCAGAGAUGAAUAUUCAGUGCAUUGGGCAGAGCAGUGGGUCAGAAGUGGGAGAGCAGCCUGUUUUUCCAUCACUGCUCAAUGAGCUACUGUUGGAAAUAGCAGCUCAGUCUGAGCUCAGGCAUUUGAGAGUGAGAAGUCUCCCAGUCAGGACAGACCACAGUCUUUAUCCUGAGGACGGAACGACUGGAACAGUUCUGAUUCCAAAGAAGCCCUCCAUGCUCACUUCUCGUUGAUGUUCUUCUGAAUGCAGCAGGAACUGCACACAGCCACCUACAGACUAAUGACUUAGGAAGUAGUUUUUAAAAUCACAUCCUAUCAAGCAUAUGAAACCACAAGGUUGCUUCCUGCAGUGAAAGUUCACGUGAAAGCACUCUAACCUUCAUAAAUGUUUUUUAAAAGGAAAGAAAUUCCGGGCUCUCAUCUGGAAAACACAGUUGGAACUGUUCUAAAGUGAAAUUGCACUGACUCCACCUUCUCCAAUUUCCCUAUUUACAGUAGAUAGUAGUAUUAAUUCUGGUUGCUUUUUUUUUUUUUAGAAGCAAUCACUGUUUCUUCAUGAAAAAAAAAAAAAUAAUUCAAGUACUUGAAACGUUUGUGCAAAAAACAAAGGAAUUUCAGCUUUGCAAAUUCAGGAAGGUUAUUCCUUCUGGUCAAGGUGUUCUCUGGCAGAUGUUUGUCUGACAAUAUCACAAGGUCUCCUUGCUGUACCUUGUUUAUACUGGGACUUUAAAUACGUAUGAAGGUAUUUGCCACAGUUCCUUGAUGCUAUUGCAGCACCCUGAACAGAAGACACUCCAAUGAAAUUGAACACUAUUCUGAAAUGGACCAAGGCAUCAGAACAGCAGCUUGCAGAGCUGUGGGUGAGACUCAGGGUAACUGAAGAGCUGUAAGCUGAAGGGAUUUACACUGAAGGACGUGCUGGAUGGGCUGUGUAGGUUUUGCCCAGAUGUCCUUUCAGGAUCCAAUCACAAAAGCAUGAAAGUACAUUUGUGACACCAAAAUGGCUUAACAUACAUCAGGGAAUUAUUUAAAGGCUGUGCACAUACAAUUAAGAAGUCUUCAAAAGCUGAUAUUAUACAUUUAUAUGUAUGCUAUAUAUCCUACAAACAGCCUAUGAUUCUAUAACACACGUGAACACACCCACCCACCAUCAACUUUACACCCUGAAGACUUACAAUCAUGUGGACAAUAAGGUUAUUUUAAUAGGGUAGCGUAGUUGUCUUCAUUAGAGAACAAAGGUGCUGGGUUUUUUUGUUUGUUUGUUCGUUUUCAGUAAUAACAAAAUCAUCUUCUGUGGCCGAAACUUAGAAGACAACAUUUGUACCCAAUUCCUUGCUGUUCAUUACUUCUGACAGCCAUUAUUUUGUUCAGUGUUUCAGAUUAGUUCCAUCCACGACUACUGCAGCCUCAUAAUACAAUUAGAUAACAGGCAAAUACAUUCCCAUUAUCUAAGUAUUUACAUCAGCAUUAAAAUCUAAUGCCCUACAGAAACCUGAAAGUCAUUUCCUGAACUACGAACACCAAAUUAACUCCUGCAGCCCUCCCACAUGUGACCAUUAUGAACAAGGCAGGAGUCAAUACUUUUCCAAAACCACUUCUCUCCAGAACAGGGGAUGUGCAUCCCCACGUCCCAUCCAUUCCUUUUUAGACAGGGCAACAUGCAGAGAUGGCACUGAGCAGACAUGCUAUUCAGCCAAGGACCAAGCCAGCAUUCAUUUACCAGCCACACAAGCUUGAUGAAUUAACAGCUACAAGAGACAGUAAUCGUUAACUAUGAACAUGAGAGAGUUUUCCAGAAGUUCCUUCACUGGAAGGGCAGCACUGCAGGAGCUGUGAGCAGCACUUCUGGCGCUGUGUCUGAGCAGCAAUGGCACAAAGACUGAUGGAUAACCUGGGAUGAGUGGGAAAGUCUCCUCCACACACUGCACAUCUGUGCUGAGCCCUUUCUCUCAAGAGUCACACAGCAUCCACUACAGCAGACUGCCCGAGCUGCAGCCUCUAUUCAUACAGCUUCCCUUCAAGUCAGUGAGUUUUCUACUUGCUGUGCCUGCAGCUGUGCCCUCAUUUACUUUGAGGUUUUCUCUUUAUUUCCGAGCAAUAUUCUAUUUUUAUCUGUAAGUAUCCAAAAUAUGUCAGCCUUCCCACCCCACUUACUGCAACAGCUUUGCAAAUCCAGUAAACCUGAACUGUUAAUUUUUCACUUAUUAAAACCCCCAAGAGUCCUAAUAAAAGCACAAACAGUGAACAGUUCAGGAGGAUGACAUUUCAAGCAUUAUCCCUUCAGUGCCAGACAUCAGUGGAAACGACCCGGGGCAUUUCCUUCCUAUGCUUCUUUGCUGCAAUCUGGAAAGUUUCAGCAGGCAAACAGUUAAGAAGGAAGAGGGAGGAGGAGGAGGAGGAGAAAGGGCAGCUUUCCCUCCCAUUCUCAUCAUCCAGCACACUCUGCUAGCAGCACUGGGGUUAAAGCCUUGGAGGUAAACCACAACUAUUUACAAUCAUCAGCAAUGCACUCUACGUAUCUGAAAGUCUGAUUUCAGGCCUUUUAAAGACUGUUUCUGAACAGCAGCACCAAAAAUUUGGAGAAGCUCACAUUUUCUCUUAUUAUCGUGAAGCAGAGGACAUUUCUUCUGAACCUGAACAGCAGAAUAAAUAUGCUAAGCAUUGCAGGGAACCAGAUCAAGUCGUGUUAAUGUUUAACCCCUUUCAGUUCUAUGAAAUUUCCACACAAGCAACAGAAUGAAGAACGCUGCCUGAGUGUUGCUGAAGGACAACGGGACCCUAUUUAUUUUUAUUAUGCUGCCUUCUCCUGGCUGACUCUGGACAAGCUUAGCAUCUCACAAGCACGUAUCUCAGGGGUUGAAGUAGCUCCUGUAGUAUUUGACUGAAAUUGCACUGAGGUCAAGUACACCAUCCAACAACAAAAUCAUAGAUAGGAAGUGCAGACCGAAGAGCUCCGCUGACAGAACACAGAAUCAAAAUGGAUGAAUCCUCCACCUAACACACAAAUCCACUUUCCAGAAUGCUCAGUGGAAAAGAGGCAUUCAUGCAGCAUGAAAUGCAGCGCAUACUGAUAAUCUGCAUGCCUAAUUAAGCUAUGAUGAGAAGACAGUAUCGGGAUAACAGAAGAUGAACCCACUCGAUGCAACAAAAUCAGGAUUUUUACUGUGCAUUGCUGUCUGUAUGUUCAUCUACACUUUCAUCUACCUGAAGGACACGCUUUCUGCAGAGCAAGAGCAACAGAAAUUUAGCACAAACAGAGCAGAGUGUGGAUAUUACCCAGAUGAACUUUGUCCAGCUCUUUUUGUGGGGAACACUGCGGCCCUUAAAAUUGGAAGCAUUUGUCAGAACACCUACAGACCUGCAGCACUCAGCUGUGUUCGGACCUCAUGCAACUGCUCCACAGUUCUCAAGGCUCUGCACUUUAUAACGAGACCACUGUCAGAUGAAGAAGGAAAUUUCUCACUGGCGUACAUUAUCACAAUCCACAAGGAGCUGGAAAUGUUUGUAAAGCUGCUAAGAGCUAUUUAUACACCUCAGAAUGUUUACUGCAUACACGUUGAUGAGAAGUCACCAACAGAUUAUAAAGCUGCUCUACAGAACAUUGUAAAUUGCUUCGAAAAUAUUUUUAUUUCCUCAAAAAGGGAGAGAGUUGUUUAUGCAGGAUUUUCAAGGCUACAAGCUGAUAUUAACUGCAUGAGAGAUCUGGUUCAUUCCAAAAUCCAAUGGAAUUAUGUUAUUAAUCUGUGUGGCCAAGAUUAUCCUAUUAAAACAAACAAAGACAUUAUAAAAUAUAUCAAAAGUAAAUGGAAUGGUAAAAAUAUGACUCCUGGGGUAGUCCAACCACUUCAUAUGAAACACAGGACGCAGGUUAGUUACAGAGAAUACGUGCAUUCUGGAGUGUCGUAUGUGUAUCCCACCAAGAAUGCAAAAGCUAAACCUCCAUACAACUUGACCAUAUAUUUUGGUAGUGCCUAUUACAUAUUAACUAAAGAAUUUGUAGAGUUUACACUGACUGAUGCACGUGCAAAAGACUUGCUUGAAUGGUCAAGAGACACGUACAGUCCGGAUGAACACUACUGGGUCACACUGAACCGUCUGCAGGAUGCCCCAGGUGCUACACCACACGCAGACUGGGAAGGAAACAUACGAGCCAUUAAAUGGAAAGAUCAAGAAGGAACCGUACACAAAGGCUGCAAAGGUCAUUACAUCAGAGACAUUUGUGUCUAUGGACUGGGGGAUUUACAGUGGAUUAUCGAAUCGCCUCACUUGUUUGCCAACAAAUUUGAGCCUGCAACGUAUCCACUGGUGAUGGACUGCCUAGAGAGACGCCACAGGCUGAAAGUGCUGCACCAGGCAGAGGUCCCAAUUGAAGAUGACUGGCGUUUUCAGGAAGAGAACUCCUUCAACAUGAAGCUGGAUGUCUGAGAUUAACUGAAAUGUAAACGUACACCCAGAAUACUGAGAACCCAUCAGUGUUUCCACCCAUAGACUUCAUUCACUUGGUGCACUGCUUACCCCCGUGCUGUGAUGCUGUACUACUGCUUGACCAGUGAAAUAGGCAGUUAGUGUUACUACAGUAACAGAAAGAGCAAUGGCUGCUAAAGGAUUAAUUCCUACAGAAAAUGAUGUCUGUAAGAAGGGGGAAAUUCAUAAUCUAAGUGACUCAUUUAACUGGAAAAUACACAUUCCCCAUGUCUGUAGCUGAAAAAAAAAAA